AUGUCGUUUUUCCCUCCAUUUGAGAUGGCCUCGCAAUCCUUCCAGCAAACUAACACACCUCGCACACCAAUCCCUCGCUCGGGCGCAGAGCUUUCGGUGGCCUUUUACAGGCCAGGUCCUACACCUACCGCAACGUUCGCCAGCUCCGGCAAGAAACCCACGAAACAGAAAGCCCUCGCGCAGAACCAGCCACAAUACCUCACACGGACAUUUCUACAACAGGAUGAGCUCUGCCAGGAGAGUCAUGACCUCCUUCCACUCCUUGCGCGUAUUUUCGACUGUAGCGACCGUCUAGAAGGAUAUCAUGCGCUGCAUUGUGAGCAGAUCGCGGGGUUCCGCUACUUCAUACCAAACGGACGAUUGGCAGCGGAAUGGAGGUACUUCUUCCAAAUUAUUCCCAACCACUACAUGCAGAUGGUACCAAGCGAAGUCCGCUUCGCUUACGAGAACCAGAAGAGUCUUGAGUCUUGCAGCAUGGAGGGUUGGGUCGAAGACUCCUUAGCUUGGACAGAUACCCAAGAGGAAGAGCGUAGUCACCCUUACUACCGUCACUUGCGCGCCGAUUAUGAGGAUUAUGCUCUGCAAAUACCUUCGCCGCAAAUCCUGUCCGUGAAGCGAAAGCGCAAUUCACCAGAGCCUGAUCGUAUCCGAUCCUCAUUGUUGAGUCCUAGAGCGAAGCGUCUUCGCACGUCGUCGCCCACAGACAGCGAUUACAGCAAGCUACUUCGACCUGUCCAACGAAAUGCACAAAUACCGAUGACUACUACGCAAGCCGCUUCCACCCCGGCAUUGUCGCAUUCUGCAGUGGCACCACACCCUCCUCAGGUACAGGCUACCGCAUCGCUUGGCCUGCCACCUCCCGUUGCUUCAACAGCGCCUGCUGUCACAACUGCUCUGGCACAUCAAUUGAUAACUCCGCGAGUUCCAAUUGCUCUCUCUAAACAGGCUCGCAGCCAUCCUGCACCCCCACAGCCACCUGGCACUGUCGAGCACACGGGACGAGGUAACGUCUCCAAAGCGUGGAGCAAAGAGCGAAUUCGUGCCUUCACCCAGAUACAAGGCUACCCUCGGCAAGAGCUACCCUUCUCUGCAGUCUCAGAGUAUGGAGAUGAGCUGUCAAGGGAUCAUACUCCGAAGUCUGUCGAUCCACGGUGUUGUCCUUUCCCUACAACUAUUGAGGAGAAUCUGACGUACAUGCACCUUGCGUCAACUCUGAAUCGAGAGAUGUGUGCACGUGUGAAGAAACACUGGACGGCACAACAAAUCGUCGUAUACACGACUCAUGCGCUGGGGCUUCAGAAUCAGAGCAGCAUUGUUCGUACGAAACUCACGAAGCAGUUCCAGAAGUGCGUGGCAGGGUUUGAGAAGGCCAAUCGCAACCACGUCCCAACCGCUUCGUUGACUAAUAUCUCCAUGGAGAGUGGACUGAUUGGCGGCGACAGCAUCACUCACGACUACUUUCUCCACGCUAUGGGGAAAAACGUGGUCAACCAUCCAGUCGGGUCGGCCGCUCAAAUGCUCACCCGUGUGAUUCGUCAUGUUGUAGACGUCUCCCAUGACAGGACCGCUCGCUUGAGUGAAGCAGCACGGUAUGCUAGGGCAUGGGGUAUCACCGUUCCCGUGGGCGAGCGCAUGAACAGCAACCUGGAUAUCGCAGACGUGCCUGACCCGGUUGCUUUGGCCACUUCCAGGGCUGCGUACGUGACUAAAUUUGGUCAUCUACCGUAG